GAAUUUUUUUUUCAUGACUAUCAAGACAUUGCCUUUUAUUUCUGUACAAGCAGACUGGGACCAAGUUGUAAGUGAAGUUGCUUCAAGCACCAUUCCCGAGAGUUCCUUUUGGAUCGCUUGUUAUGUGACAGGCAAACCAAGCGUGCAAGGGUCUGUUCAGGUCAAACGAACCGAGCAUCAAGUAGUACUUGAAGGACAGGAGGGAUUUGAAAUAACGAGUUUGAAUUCACGAUCAUUCAAAGUCAACUGUGAAGCUCUUAAUGUAAAGGAUGUUACUGUCUAUUGUCCAAAGACAACCCUGGAUCCUGCUCAACAACAAGCUGUAGAUAUCAUAUACACAUAAAUUGAAAAUGAAGAUUGAUUGUUCAAUAGGUUUCUUGUAUGGACGUUUCUCCCAAUGGCAACUUGUUUGCUGCAGCCCAUGGUACUCAAGUCAGUCUUGGCCAAAUAAGCAGUGGACAAGUGCAGCUUCAAUUGACAGGACAUGUUGCUGAUGUGACAACAGUCCAAUUCUUCUCAAGUAACCUUGUUGUCUUGACGGGUGCAGCUGAUUUCCAACUGAAGAUUUGGUCUGUUCUGAAUGGCAGCAACCCUGUUACGCUUAGGGGACACACAUCAGCAAUCACAAGCACGGCUAUUGUUGCACAAGGAAGAAACGUACUUUCUUCUUCAAGUGAUGGCACAAUCAAACUUUGGAAUUGUGGCACUUCAUCCAUCAUUGCCAAUAUCCAUCUGGAUACACCUGUCAAUAAAAUUCUAUUAGUGCCACUUCCCUCCAAAUAUUCACCUGCCGCAUUUGAAACAUUGGAUCCGUUGGAAGUAGAAACAGCGGAUAAGCUUGUAUUGGCAGCUAUGGAGGAUGGUAGUGUACGUGGUAUCCAUUUGGGUACCAAGAAAGAGAUCUUUGCUACGUCUAAAUCAGACAAUGCGCUUACUGCCGUUGCUUAUCAUAACGGUGUACUUGUAACAGGCGAUAAACACGGUCUAGUUCAACUAUAUGUGAUGGAUCAUGGACUUGAACAACCUUGGUUACAAUGGAAGCGAAAUGGACAUACAAUCACUUGUCUUGUCAUGAAACUGGAUGAAAAUGGUGAGCAAGUAAUGUGUGUUAGUGCAGGUGAUGGUAGUGUCUAUCAAACCAAUGCUCUAGAAAGUAUGUUGAAGGAGAAGCAUGUUCAAGUGACAACUGAAUUCGCAGGCAGUGAAUUAGAAACAGUCUAUGAUAUGAAAGUGUUGCCAAGUGAUCCAUCAUCUGGAUUCCAACGCCUGAUGUGUGCUGUUCGUGAUGGAAAGAUCAAGAUGUAUUAAACCAUGUCUUAUCAGAUCUUAUGCUGUAAAUUACACUUCCGAGAAUUAAACGACCGAUGUACGCCCCUCCAUUUAAAUGAGCCUUUUUUUUUUCUUUUUUCUUUUUUUCUUUUUGUUUUUUUUUUU